UAUUUAUAGAACAAGAUUGACAGGCUUGACAUCAGCGGAAGAGGACACCCUUUCUAUCCCAACACAAACCGUUCUGAUCCUAUUAACUUUUAUUUUUUCCCCCUCUUAGAGCAAUUGUUGACGCUGCAGAGCGAAAAAUGAGGUUAUGCAGCGGACUCUGGACAUAGGCAGCAGUGGGUGGAAAGGGGACCUUCUUUACGUUUCAAGAGAAACUCCUACUUCCGCGUUAACUCUGCUCCGCAACAAGGUAAAGCGGACUUUUUACAGGAAGCGGUUGUCUAAAGGGGUUAAUCCACACCGUUCACAGUGCCCUUCCCGGACCCACGUCAAUGCCAAACUAUGAAGUAAAGGAGACUCGACAGUUGUGAAUUCGGAAAAUAGCACAUAAUCUUGAAAGAAACUGUACCAUCAGAGGACCUUGCAGUAAAUUUACAGAAGAAUGCCUGCUGGUGUAUGCGGCUGCUGUGGCCCCCUGAGGCCUCGCUACAAACGCCUGGUUGACAACAUCUUCCCCGAAGACCCAAAAGAUGGCUUGGUCAAAUCGGACAUGGAGAAGCUGACGUUCUACGCUGUGUCUGCGCCCGAAAAGCUGGAUCGGAUCGGGGCCUACCUGGCGGAGAGGCUGAGCAGAGAUGUGGUCAGGCAUCGUUACGGGUACGUCGUCAUCGCCAUGGAGGCCCUGGACCAGCUCCUGAUGGCGUGCCACUCCCAGAGCAUCAAGCCGUUCGUGGAGAGCUUCCUGCACAUGGUGGCCAAGCUGUUGGAGUCUCGGGAGCCUGACCUGCAGGUCCUCGGAACAAACUCGUUUGUCAAGUUCGCCAACAUCGAGGAAGAUACCCCUUCGUACCACCGUCGGUACGACUUCUUUGUGUCGCAGUUCAGCGCCAUGUGCCACUCUACCCAUGAAGACCCUGCCACCCGAAGCAGGAUCCGGGUGGCAGGAAUCAAGGGCCUGCAGGGCGUGGUGAGGAAGACUGUGAACGAUGAGCUCCAGGCCAUCAUCUGGGAGCCUCAGCACAUGGACAAGCUCAUCCCCUCCAUGCUGUUCAACAUGCAGGAGGCAGAGGACUUUGACAGGACAGGACACCCAAGCACCCCCUCAGGCCACGAGCAUGACGAGAACCCAGCUGCGCUUGCCGAGAGCUGCUUCAGGGAGCUGCUGGGAAGAGCCGCCUAUGGCAACAUGAACAACGCCGUCCGCCCCGUGCUAGUGCAUCUAGACAACCACCGCCUGUGGGACCCGAAUGAGUUUGCCGUUUCCUGUUUCCGGAUCAUUAUGUACUCCAUACAGGCCCAGCACUCCCACCAUGUGAUCCAGCAAGUCUUGAACCACCUGGAUACCCACAGUAAGGACACACCGCGGGUGCGAGCCGGCAUUGUGCAAGUCCUGCUGGAGACGGUCGCCAUAGCGGCCAAAGGUUCUGUUGGCCCCACGGUCCUGGAAGUGUUCAACACUCUGCUGAAGCACCUGCGCCUGAGCGUGGACUUCGAGCUCGGCGAGGGCUCCCGCCGCAACUCCAGCACCAGCGUCACCUCCCGCUCCAAGGAGAACGACGAGAGGAUCGUCCAGAAUGCCAUUAUUCAGACCAUCGGAUUCUUUGGCGGUAAUCUGCCGGACUACCAGCGUGCUGAGGUGAUGAUGUUCGUCAUGGGCAAAGUGCCCGUCUAUGGAACCCCGUGCCAUACGCUGGACACAGUGAAAAUUGGGGAUCUUGGAACCAAGCGUAUCCAGGCCAUGCUGCUGAGCUCCCUCAUUAUGGUGACUUCUGGUUUCAAGUCCAAGACCAUGUCAGCGGCCCUGCCCCCGCCCUUCCUGGACCCCCUGUUCUCCAUCUCCCUGAUGGAGGACAGCGAGUUGAGACAGCUUGUGCUGGAGAUUCUGCACAACAUCAUCGAUCGCCACGACAACCGCGCCAAGCUGCGCGGUAUCAGGAUCAUUCCCAACGUGGCUGCUCUGAAGAUUAAGCGGGAGAAGAUCUCCAAACAGGACAUUGGUUUCAUGAAAAAGCAUGGCCAACAGCUGUACAGGCACAUCUACUUAGGCUGCAAGGAGGAGGACAACGGCCAUAAGAACUUUGAGCUUCUCUUCACUGCCUUGGCCCUCAUCACCAUUGAGCUGGCCAAUGAGGAGGUGGUCGUGGACCUCAUCCGGCUGUCCAUCGCUCUACAGGACAUGGCCUUGGCCAAUGAAGAGAACAUGGCUAUGUUCAUCCGCUGCAGUAUCAUGGCCUUAGUGGCAGCCUACCUGAACUUCCUCAGCCAAAUGAUCGCAAACCCACCCUUCUGUCAGCAUGUCAGCAAGGUUCUGGAGAUGCGGAACUUAGAGGCACCUUAUCUUCUGCCUGAGCAUGUCUUCAGGGAGAAAUGCUCGCUGCCUAGCACCCUGGACAAUGAAGACAACAGCCUGUACUUCCUGACCAGCGAGAUCGCCGAGUCGUUAGCGGGCCCUGGUUACAACGUGGACAGGCUGUCCGUGCCGUACGUACCGCAAGUGACAGAUGAAGACCGCCUCUCUAGAAGGAAGAGCCUUGUUGAUACCAUUUCCCUUCAGGUGGAUAUCCUAUCGAACAACCAACCAGAGAAGUCGCAGUUGGCUGAGGAGAUAACAUUCGAGACUCUGAAGAAAGCCAUUGACACCACAGGCAUGGAAGAACAGGAGAAGGAGAAAAGACGGCAGGUGAUUGAGAAGUUCCAGAAGGCUCCAUUCGAGGAGAUCGCUGCCCACUGCGAAUCCAAGGCAAAUAUGUUACACACCAGAUUAGCACAGAUCUUUGAGCUCACAAUCCGGCCUCCGCCCAGCCCCUCAGGUGCUGUGACGAUCACAUCUGGCCACGCCCAGUACCAGUCUGUGCCCGUCUACGAGAUGAAGUUUCCAGACCUGUGUGUCUAUUAGCAUCUGGCCAAUGGUGUAACGGCUGCGACUGGCCUCAGUGGUUUAGGUCCUAAUAGGAAACAAAUAUGCUGAAUAAGGAAAUCAGUUUUAUUUACUUAAUUUUUCAUUUAUUUUUUACAGCUAUCAAAGUGGCCAGAUUAAGCUAGCUCAAAAGGCUAGCGUUAAAAAAGCAAUGCCUUGUUACAAGAGCUGUUGCUUACAAGUUUGGUUCACUUGGCUUGUUCACAUAGCUGCUGCAACACAAAUUUCACAUUCAGUUGGUACUUUUGCAUUUCAUGAAGAUUCAGGCAGAGGAACUAUUCAUAUUGGGGUACUCCACUUGUGACUAGGUAAAACUCACUUGCCAAUGUAAAUGGAAAAUGCACUAGGAAAUCUACAUUACGAGUUAAAACCUACAGGUUGUCUAUACAGUCAUAUAUAUAUAUAUAUAUAUAUAUAUAUAUAUAUACACACACACAUAUACAUACAUCCAUACAUAUAUAUGUGUGUGUGUGUGUGUGUGUGUUACAUAGGAAUAUAUGUCAAGGUAUCUGAUCCUGAAAUCUAGGGUGUCAUUUUGAGCUUAUAUUGGAUGUGUAAGUCUUAAUAAAGGUAAAGGUUAACAUUCACACUCACUCAAUUUAAACUUGCUGCACACACCCAGAUUGCAAAUGCUUCAGAAACAAAGAAAUGGUUUGCACUGAAAGAAAAAAUAAUAUGGCUUCACACUACAAUAUAGCACCCAUAAUCGUACCACUACAGCAUAUUUUUCCACUUUCAUCAUGGUCAUUUUUGUACAGAUAAGAGAAAUUGUUAGAUUUGACAUUAAACAAAAUGUAUUCUUUAAUAUAUAUGCAUUGAUUUAGGUUAGACUAAUUGGAGACUCUAAAUUGCCCACAGGUAUGAGUGUGUGAGGGAUUGGUGUGUGUGCCCUGUAAUGGUUUGGCUUCAUGUCCAGGGUGUAUUCCUCAUCCAAUGCAUACUGGGAUAGGCUCAUAUACAUUUUGAACAUGUCCAUUACAUACAUGAGAAAAAGUUCAAAUAUAAAGUAGUAAAGUAUUCAUAAAUUCUACAUGUAGUCAGUGUGCUUUUAAAUAUAGCUGAAAAUAAAAUGCAGUUUUGAAAAUAGAAUAGUUACUUUUUCUCUCACGUGUUUCUUUUGCAAUUAUUGCAGGAUGUACUGAAAAUAAUUUUAAGUAUUGUGAAAUGCAUUAGAUAAUAUGGAAAAGAACAUUUGAGAGUGGUAAUAUUGCUGUAGAGUUCCAUAUUUUAUCUAAGUAUGUUUUAUCUCAUACUGUGUCUUAACAUAUAUUGACAUAUAUUGCUUUUCCAUAAGGAACUUAUGAUGGACAUUUGACCAUGUGAUGGGCAGUUGGCAAUAGAAUACAAAAAUCUUUGUUUGCAGAGUGUAACUUAUAAAUUACAUCAUCAGUUUGAGGCAAUGCUGUCUAAAAUAUCAAAUCAAAUAUCAAUCAAAAUGACUACAGUAGUUUUUGAUCACAAUCUCUGAUGAGACCAAUUAAAAAAUGGGUGUAUUUGUUUUCUGCACUUCUUAAAAAUUUUACAGAAUUCACGUUUUUUUUGGAACACAUAUGAAGUGAUCUUAUAGAAAAAUAUUGAAACGUUAGAAUUAGAAGAUCUGUGUCUAUUUGUGUCACAUGUGCAAAAAAAGCUGUUAGUGUGUGGGAAACUGUUAAAUUUUCAGUCUUACUAAAUCAGAGAACUAUAUAGUCACUUUCACAGCAGUAAGAGCCGUAGACCUCUUAAAUGUCAGCUUCUUAAGCAAUCGCAAGGGUUGAUUAUGUCCAGGUAAUCUGCAAAUUAGAAGAUUUCGGACUCAGAUAAAUGCAUUCAGAUCCACCUGGGCUAGAAUUGUGUAUAGCCUUUCAGCCAAACAAGUCACCAUACAAAAUAACAAUCAUAGGUAUACAUUAUAAUGGCAGACUAACGGCAAGCCUGAGAACCUCAGGCCUCAGUAUUCUGUGGUAUCUUUUCCAUACAAAGCAUUUAUUUUGGUGUUGUUAAUGUGUUUUCCAGGACAAAGUCUUAAAACCAAAAAACUACAUCUGUGGUUACAGCCAACACGGCUGAUAUAUAAAUAUUUGUUUUCCUCACAUUAAAUGAGAAAAGUGCCAGGUUUUUGCAAGUGUUAGUAGAAUGGCUCGAUAAUAUCAGAAUGUUCUGUGCACGGUUAACAGCAUUGCUAGCUUGUAAUGUUUUGUAACAUCGAUAGAGCAUAGGAUGAGCAUGCGUUCUAAGUGCUCUCAAAUGUUAAUUGUUAUUGGCCAAUAGCAAAAUGCAAAGCACAAGUUCAAGACAGUGAUUUUAUAUCUGAAAAGUAAAAGGAAGUGCCAGGAAUGUGGUAGUGUGGGCUAAGGAAAUUGCUGACAUUUUAUUGAUGGAAAAAAUGGUGAUUCUGAAUGUAAUGACAGCAAGAGUGCUAGGGAAGGUUUUUUUUUUUUUUUCUUUUUUUUUUUGGUGGUUUGGGGACUUUAAUACGAUGCUGAAAGAUGCAUUUUAAUCCUGGUAAUUAUUAGACUAAGUCAUGUCUAGUCAAACCUAGUAAUAAUAAACUCAUCUGUAGAUGCAGCUAUUUGGAGCUUGAACAGCUCUGGUCUUAAACAGUGCAACCCAUCUGUUUGUGUUUGUAAAAUUGAGUAUAUGGUUGGCAGUUCUCUCGUAAGGUACAAUCGUAGAUGUAAGGCACUGCAUAAAUGUAAUAGUCUAUAAAUGUCUUAGUCUAGAGCUAACAGCACUUAAUAAUCUUAGAUUUUAAUGAUGUAAAUGAACAAUGUUUGUCAUCCAGAGACUGAACAUUACAUUGCAAUAAGGUUUAUACAGAUAUCUGCUGGAAUAUUGCUGUUUUAAAUGUAUUAACUGUGCAAAUAGACACGUUUCUCAAGAUGAAACUGAGCCAGUUGUCUUGAGGAUUUUUAAGAGAUUUUAAUCACUCGGUAUUUUGAAUGUUUGACACACUGUAAUGUAUCUUUGCAGCUGGAAUGGUAGCUUCAUGUACCAUAGCACAGCUGCUGAUGUAGUUGGUAAAGCAACAUCGUAUUGUGGGCUGUUUCUCCCUUUAGUUGCCUGAGGUUUAAGCACAGGAAGGUUUCCUUUCUGUAUGUCAGGUACAAGUUGAAUGUUGCCGUCAUUGCACAGUUUUGGGUUUUGACUAUGUUUUUACAUGCUAGUGUCAAAAUGAGCAGCCAUCCGCUUGGCAAAUUGCGCUAAAAUAAGAAGGCAGUUGCAUGAGUUAUGUAAAUGUACACACCAACAUAAUGCAACAGUUGAACUGAGGACAAAAUUCUGCCAUCAUGCAGAUUGAAAGCAAAUUUGAACACCCUUUGUUUUCUGCAGCACCUGUUGUCUGUCAGCCUUGUGUUUUCUGUAGAAAGUGCAUUGCUGAAAGGAGUCCUCUCAGCUGUCGAACAAAUAAAUUCUGACUGCAAAUCCUUCUGCUAGACAAGCAGCGCAAUGGAUACUGCCUCGCUUUCCCUUCUGAUUGACUUCCUAUGAUUGAAAUGCUACCUUCUUAUCUCGUACAAAUAUGCAGUUCAGCAUCGAUGCAAGUGAUUGUGAUUAGAUAGCAACAUUGCGGAGUGUUUGAGCCAUUUAAGCUGCUGUUAAUUCAUUGGCUAAUUCUGAAAUCAAGAUUAUGUUGUAAAUAAUGCAAUCUUUCCAAUAUGCCUGGUACAGUGGGAAAUGUAGUUAAUCAUGCAUUUGUUAUUUUGCAAUGGGUUUAAUGUGUAUUUUUUGUAGAGGGCUGUGAUUUAUGUGGGAAGUUCAGUAAAUUACUUUAAUGUGUGAUAUAUUUAGAUACUGUCUUUUAUUAUUGGGUUUUAAAUUCUGGAUGUUCCAGAAUCAUACAAGAAUAUGUCAUAUGUAGACAUUCCACAGUGAUAUAUACACCUGAAACCUGAAAACAUUUAUCAAUACAAUGUCUUCUUCAUACAUAGGCCAGAUUCUCCUUUUUGCUUUUUAAGGCUGUGUUCAAUUUUAAUCUUCUCACUCUUUAGAGGUUUCAGAUAACAUGGCAGCUGGAAUUGCAGUACCACUGUGGUUUUAAUUAUCAUUUCCUUCGCAAUGUUUGUAAAAGACCUGUUUAUGUUCGCCUGGGCUGAAAUUAACUCUGAACAAAAUUGCUGUGCAUAGUUUUGUACUUAAAUCUGUAUUCAAAAUCUGAAAACAUACCAAAGUCAAUGUUUGAUCUGAUGUGUAUCAAAUUGGAGCUUGACAGCCAUUUAGCUCCCAUUUUACACGGUAAGAUGUGUGGAUGUACAGUAAUCUGCUUGUGCUAUGUUAGGGAGGCUUUUUAAAUGCUCAGUUUAUCCAGAAAAACACAUUCCUUGAGUUCAGUUCGUUUCAUAGAAGUUGUGUGGAACAUUUAAAAUUCAAUAUGACCACUGCAUUGUACCAGGCUAUUGGUCCUCAUAUCAUGUUCAUGCUGCAGCAUGCAUAUUCUAGAUAUUACUUAGAGUCUAUUUUUAAAGAAAAGAUACUGAUCAAAUAUUGAUCCAUAAAAGGUCUUUUGUAUAAAUGCAGUGGUGUCAUUGAAUGAACUGCUAGUGCUUAGCCUAUUACACACUGUUUGGCAAAUGAAACCACUAUGUCAGAGAUUAUCUUCAGUAGUCCAUUGUGCGUUAAGUACAGUUUAUUGUAAGAGAAAAAUAAAGAACCUAUUAAAUUUUCUAUCAAAAUCUGCGGAA